AUGGUGAACAAAGACGUCAGGAAAGAAGAUUUUUUGGCUAAGAAAACCAAAGAAGAAACCAAGACACCAGGAAAAACAAUGGAAGGAAGCGUCAAACCUGGAAAACAGGUUGCUCAGUCAUCAGUCAAGAAGACUAGAGAAGAAAAAGAACAAGGAAUGAUCCCUGAACAGCUAAAAUCAAAGGAAGACAUCUCUCAAAGGGAUGGAGAAAAGCAAAAAGAGUCCACAAAGAAGAAAGCAGGAAAAGUAAAACACGACAAAAGAACAGAAAAGCUGAGAGGAAGCCAAGACGAGGUACAAGAGGAAACUGAAGAUGAACUGAGUGGAGCAACCCCCAGUCAUCAUGAACAAAAGCUCAUGGAAGACGAAACUCCCUGGUACGAGGGUUCUGAUCAUGAAGAGUCAACUGAACCACAUUCAGCAGAGGCGAAAACACAAGGAACGGAUAAGAACAACAGGAGUAAAAGCAGGGAGACUUUGAAAAGAAAUGAGAAAGAGAAAAAGACAGACAUGGAAGAUAGACCAAAAACCAUCAUGGAAAAAGGUGAUCAUCCAGUACUGUCAAAGAUGGCAAAGAUAGACAGAGUUUUCACAAGAGCCUUGAUGAAAUUGUCAAGGAUUAACAGUGACAAUAACGAGGCAAAUGACCAAAUGGACACCCUUCUGUCAGAAUACACAAAAAUCAAAACAAUGGCUUUAGAAUUAAGCCAUGAAUUGGAAUUUCAAAAAGGAAGAAUUCAAGAGCUUGAAGAAGCUGAAAGAAAAGGAAGAACCUACGCUGACAUUGUGAAGGAUAGUCCAAAAAGGGAUGCUCAAGAACCCGAAGUGCCAAGAACUUCAGCCCUUAUAGUCACUUCGGCAAAAAUGAAGAACAAAGAAAUUGAACAAGCUUUGAAAAGUACAGUUGACCCAGCAACUCUGGGGUUAACAGACCCGUCACUUCGACCUGGAAAAGAAGGAAUGGUGGUCAUCAGCACUUCCAAGGAGGGCAUAGAGACCCUGGCGAAAACCAUCCAGGAAGACCCUGACCUCAAAGACCUUCAAGUAAAAAAACCUAAAGGGAGAAGCCUUGAGGUUAAAGUGGUCGGCAUUGACGACAACUUGGACGUAAAUAACCUCAGUGCCACAAUCGUCAAGCAGAACAACCUAGACUGUGCACCAACAGACAUUGAAGUUAAAAGAACAUGGAAUGGAAAAAAUGGGAUCACGGCAAUCUUGGCCUUGAACCGAAAAGCUGUUCAUGCGAUAAAGAACACGAACAGGCUGAGUAUUGGGUGGACGAAAUGCCCAGUCUAUGACAAUAUAUUCAUUGCAAGAUGCUUCAAAUGUGCCUCAUAUGGACACACGAAGUCGACAUGCAGGGGGGGAAACUCAUAUUGCCACAACUGCGGACAACAGGGUCACGACUACCAGGAUUGCUACAAUGAAGCAAAUUGUUGGAUUUGUGAAAAAGAAAAAAAGGGAACUCCCGCAGAAAGAAAACACUCCAUGAUGUCCUGGAACUGCCCAGUUUAUCAGGAAAGAGUAGGAGCGGAGAAGAAGAGGAUUCUCCCUGAAAUCAACUAGGCGAAACCAUGGCUCCCCAACAGGAAAAACAAACAUCACGACAACAAAACAACACUAUUAACAACACAUCAACAAAUACUAUCAACGCCAAUCACAACAACAAUACACUAACAAUUAUACAAGCCAACCUGGCAAGGGCAUUUAAGGCAUCGCAAUCAUUAAGAAACUUUAAUGAAGAAGAAAAACACGAUAUAUCUGCCAUUCAGGAACCGUACGUGUUAAAUGAUAAAAUAAUAGGUUUUGCAAUUAAACAUAAGAUUAUCGCACACAACAAAAACCCUAAGACUGCUGUAAUAAUACAUAACGAAAAGAUAGCGGUGUUCCCAAUUUUAAUAGAGGAAAAAGUAAUAGCAGUAGUAGCUACUAAAGAUAACAACAAAUAUUUAAUCAUAAACUGCUAUAGUCCACCUCAAGAGUCCAUAUCAUAUAUUCUAAGUAAAAUAGAGAAUAUUAUCCAGGUUAUAGCACAUAACAAAUUAAUAAUAUUAGGGGAUUUUAAUGCUAAAAAUAAAAUAUGGGGUAGCAAGACUGGUGAUGAAAAGGGUGAAGACCUAUUAGAAUUUAUUAUUAGACAUGAUUUAGUAUUAUUAAAUGAUAAGAAUUCACCCCCUACAUUCAAAACAGCAAGAGCA